GUUCGCAGCUUAUAUAACAGCAUCCCUCUCCAAGAGAAAAGCCGGCAAUUGAACGGCCAUAAUCUCCUCCACUUUUAGAGUGAGAAACUAAAAGAAAAGGGCUCGUCGGAGGCCAAGGCGAAGAGCUUCUCUUUCAGGUCGUUGAACAAUGGGUGCAGGUGGCCGAAUGUCUGUUCCCCCUGAGAGCAAGAAGCCAGAAUCUGCUCACCUCCGACGAGUUCCCUACUCAAAACCACCAUUCACACUCGGUGAGGUCAAGAAAGCCAUCCCUCCCCAUUGUUUCAAGCGAUCCGUUCUUCACUCUUUCUCCUAUGUCUUUUAUGACCUCACUAUAGCCUUCAUUUUGUACUACAUUGCCACCAAUUAUAUUCACUUCCUUCCUUAUCCCCUUUCCUUCCUGGCCUGGUCUGUUUACGUGAUCAUCCAGGGCUGUGUCCUAACCGGUGUUUGGGUCAUAGCCCACGAGUGUGGCCACCAUGCCUUCAGUGAUUACCAGUGGCUUGAUGACACUGUUGGCCUCAUCCUCCACUCUGCUCUCCUCGUCCCUUACUUCUCCUGGAAAUAUAGUCAUCGCCGCCAUCAUUCUAACACAGGUUCCCUUGAGCGCGACGAAGUUUUUGUCCCCAAACACAAGUCAGAAAUGAAAUGGUUUGCCAAGUACAUUAACAACCCGCCUGGCCGUGUCUUCAUGCUUGUUGUGCAGCUCACUCUAGGUUGGCCUUUGUACCUACUAUUCAAUGUUUCAGGCAGACAUUAUGAUCGGUUUGCUUGUCACUUUGACCCCUAUGGCCCCAUAUACUCUGACCGUGAGCGUCUUCAAAUAUACCUAUCUGAUGCUGGUGUUCUUGGCGUCACUUAUGGCCUUUACCGGCUUGCAGUAGCAAAAGGACUUGCUUGGGUUCUAUGUGUUUAUGGAGGACCGUUGCUGAUUGUGAAUGGUUUUCUUGUGUUGAUAACUUACUUGCAGCAUACUCACCCCUCCUUGCCGCAUUAUGAUUCCUCGGAGUGGGACUGGUUUAGAGGAGCUCUGGCAACCGUCGACAGAGAUUAUGGGAUUCUAAACAAGGUGUUCCAUAAUAUUACUGAUACUCAUGUGGCACACCAUUUGUUCUCAACGAUGCCUCAUUAUCAUGCCAUGGAGGCCACAAAGGCGAUAAAGCCGAUAUUGGGAGAUUAUUACCAGUUUGAUGGGACUCCAGUUUUCAAGGCCAUGUGGAGAGAAGCUAAAGAGUGUAUUUAUGUUGAAGCAGACGAAGGUAACCAGAGCAAAGGUGUGUUCUGGUACAAUAAUAAGCUUUGAUGUCAAAUGCAUUUGGAGGAGUUCUAUUUUCAUGUUAGAACAUUAGCUUCCAUUUCUUGGUAAUCUUCGUUAAUUGCUUUGUACUGAACCUCUAAUUUUAGUUUAAUUAUUCCUGUUUAAGAUU